UUCAUUUUUUUUUUUUUUUUUUUUUUCGAAACGAGCACUCAAGUAGUAAAUGGAGUAAUAAAUUGGCAAUAACCGAAACGGGUAUCCCGUUACCUUACAUUCUAUGUUCAUCUUCUCCUAAAGAAAAGAAAAAGUAAAAAAUAAGUUGGAGUUAGAACAAGAAGAAAAAAUCAGUAGAAAACACAAUGAUAAAUCAAGUGAUGAACGCAAUGGCAGUAGUAGAAAUGGCUACUAAUAGUCCCAAUAACCACAACAAUAAUACUAAUUCGGUUGGGGCAGAUAUAGCAUUUGGGACAUUAACAUGGUUCCUCUAUGCUGGCUUAUCCUGUUUUUUGGUGAUUUUUGCUGGAAUUAUGUCUGGAUUAACAUUAGGACUCAUGUCUUUAAAUCUCGUUGAGCUCGAAAUCCUUCAGCAAAGUGGCACCCCUACUGAGAAAAAACAAGCAGCUGUAAUACUUCCCGUUGUUCAGAAGCAACACCAGCUUCUUGUGACCCUACUUCUAUGUAAUGCUGCUGCAAUGGAGGCCCUACCCUUAUACCUGGACAAAAUGUUCAACCAAUAUGUGGCCAUUAUACUCUCUGUAACUUUUGUCUUGGCAUUUGGAGAGGUUAUUCCUCAAGCAAUAUGUACCAGGUAUGGACUUGCGGUGGGUGCAAACUUUGUUUGGCUUGUUCGUGUUCUGAUGGUCAUAUGCUACCCAAUUGCGUACCCCAUAGGGAAGAUCCUAGACUGCGUAUUAGGACAUCAUGAAGUACUAUUUAGACGAGCUCAGUUAAAAGCUCUUGUUUCUAUCCACAGUCAAGAGGCUGGCAAGGGAGGUGAACUUACACAUGAUGAAACAACAAUCAUUAGUGGAGCAUUAGAUUUGACUGAGAAGACUGCUGAGGAGGCCAUGACACCCAUUGAAUCGACAUUUUCAUUGGAUGUCAAUUCGAAGCUGGACUGGGAGGCAAUGGGUAAAAUUCUUGCUCGGGGUCAUAGUCGAGUUCCAGUCUACUCAGGUAGUCCAAAGAAUAUUAUUGGACUUCUACUGGUAAAAAGUCUUCUUACUGUACGUCCGGAAACUGAGACACCAGUUAGUGCUGUUUCUAUCCGCAGAAUUCCACGAGUUCCAGCUGAUAUGCCACUAUAUGAUAUACUAAACGAGUUCCAAAAGGGUAGCAGUCAUAUGGCUGCUGUAGUUAAGCUCAAAGGGAAAAACAAAAACCCUCCCUUGGUAAUUGAGGAAGAGAAAUCUGAUGAUAAUACAGUCGCUGGUGGAAAUUCGCAUGUAACUACCCAUCUUUUGAAGACAAAGGGUGAAAAGCCAGAUUGUGUCGUUGUUGAUAUCAACAAGGCUACAGCAGCGGCAGUAACCCCUCCAACAUCUGGUGAUGCAGUGACAAAUGGCUUGCCUGAGUCGCCAGAUGAUAUUGAGGAAGCUGAAGUAAUAGGCAUUAUCACUUUGGAAGAUGUUUUCGAAGAACUUUUACAGGAGGAAAUAGUGGACGAGACUGAUGAGUAUGUUGAUGUACAUAAGAGGAUACGUGUAGCGGCAGCGGCAGCGGCAGCAGCUUCAUCAGUGGCAAGAGCUCCAUCAAUCCGGAGGUUAACAGCCCAAAAGGGAGCCGGAGCGCAGCAAAGCAAGGAAAGCCAAAACCGGAAGAAGUCAGGCGAGGACAUUUCCAUCUCAAGAAGGACGCAAGGGAGUCUCGGAGAGCCUCUUCUUGGGAACAAGAGAUAAAAGAGUUGGUAGUUUGGUAAAUCUGAGUCUUAUGUUGAGAGUGAAAUGAACAUCUUACUUCCACAUGAUGUAUGGUUUUGUGAUUGCAUAUGCAGCAUAUAAGUCGCAGGUUCGAGCCGUGGAAGCAGUCAUUAAUGCUUCCAUUAGGUUAGGUCGUCUGGAUCACACUCCCUGGGUACGGGCCUUCCUGGAACUCUGCUAACGCGGGAUGCUUUGUGCUCCAGUGCUUUCUAGUUCUAAUCGAGAGAACUAUUAUUUGUAGGCUAUUGCCUUUUUAUGCUAUAAGUUGUAAGUUUUGUAUUUAACUUGAAAGCCUCCAAAAACUUGCUCCUGGCGCACUUCAACUUUGAAAAUACAUUCUGUAAACUCUUGAAGAAGAAAAUGGAUAUGGAAAAAGACUGCUUGUUUUAA